AAAGUGUAAUAAUUACCAAGAUUUUGGAUCUGGCUUUUGCUGUAGUGUAUUGUAAAAUGCAUAUGGUUUAAGUUUCUCUAAUUGGAGUGACUGCUUGCCAACUAUGAUUAACUUAAUAAGGCUAUGAUAGUAACGCCGGAUAUUAUAAAUAAAAGAUAGGGACCUAGUUUCAUGGAAAGUUCAUACCUCUUGCAAUAAUCGAAAUCAGUUUAGCAAAUUACGCAGGAAAAUUCAAACCCACAGCAGCAGUCCUUGCAAAGAAGCCAAAACUAAUUUGGAGCUUUUUAUCUGAGGAUUGCACAGAUGUAUAUAUAAGUAACAGUGAACCAGGAAUUAAUUCAUGGCUUUGGAAGUGGCGUUUGGAGCUGUUCUUACUGUUCUGGUUGAUAGACUUGCUUCCCGCCGCGUUGUUGCCUUUAUCCGUGGAAAGAAAGUCAAUAAUGUCGGGUUGAUCAGGAAGUUGAAACAGAUGUUACUUUCAGCUAAUGCAGGGCUAGGUGAUGCUGAAGAGAAGCAGACCAGAAACAAAGCGGUGAGGGCAUGGCUUGGUGAGCUUAAAGAUGCUCUUAAUGAAGCAGACAGCUUGCUCAAUGAGAUAGGCUCCGAAGCUCUGCGACGGAUGCUGGAAGAAGCUGAAUUUGGAAGCAGAAGCACAAGUGAGGUACAAAACUUGAUCGAUUCUAGUGAUGAAUUUGACGAAAGUCUUAAGCCCAAGAUACUUGAUAUUCUUGAUAACUUAGAGUACAUUGUAGAUGAAAAGAAAGUGCUUGGUUUGAGAGAUGAGUUAACAUUUGGUCUAGAAGAAAGCUUACCCACAACAUCUUUGCAAGAGGACUCUGGUGUGUUGUAUGGAAGGGACGAAGACAAGGAGAUCAUUGUGAAGUUACUAUUAUCAGACGAUGCGUCGACAUCCACCUCAAAUCGUGUAAGGGUGAUUCCAAUUCUGGGCAGGACUGGGAUUGGGAAGACAGAGCUUGCUCGGUCUGUAAACAAUGAUAUUAGAGUGAAGAACCAUUUUGACCUCCAAGCAUGGAUUUGGGUUUCAAAAGAUUUUGAUAUUGUUGGAAUUACACAAACAAUUUAUGGGUCAAUCACUUCACAAAGGUGUGAUAUUGAGGACCUUAAUCUGCUGCAGAUUAAGCUCAAGGAGGCAUUAACGGGGACGAGGUUUCUCUUGGUCCUUGAUGAUGUCUGGGACUUAAGUUACAUUUCUUGGGAUUUAUUAAGGCGUCCCUUUGAGAAUGAAGCAUGUCAAAGUAAGAUCAUCGUCACUACACGCGACAAACACAUUGCAUCCAUGAUGGGUACUCUUCCUGCUCAUUAUCUAAUGGAAAUAUCCGAUGAAGAUUGCUGGUUGUUGUUUGUGAAGCACGCCUUUGAAAACGCAGGUACCAUUGCACAUUCAAAUCCUGAAGUGAUUCGAAGACAAAUUGUUAGGAAAUGUAAAGGCAGUCCUUUAGUUGCGAAAACACUCGGGGGUCUCAUGCGCUCUGAAAGAAAUCUAGAUAAGUGGGAACUAAUAUUGGGCCAAGAUCAGCCAGAGACUGCUCACACCGCUCGCAUAGAGGGCGGUUGGGAACUCAAUGAGUCCUACGCAAAUCCUUGCUUGUAAUACUCAUUUGCAUUCAAAUAGUGUUGUGGUUAAAUUCAGUUUCUACUAAAUUUUAAAUCUUUAAAA